UUUCCAGUUCUAGAGAAUUUAGUAUUUACUCCAACAUCAAAUUUACAAAUUAUUCACAAUACACCAGAUUUUUUCAAGAGAUUUUUAGAACCAGUUUCAACCACUCUAAAAGCAUUAAGGCUAACAAAUUUUCAAACAUUCACUAUACCUUUAAAUCAUAACUCUAUGGAAUUAUCAUUACCAAAUAUACAAAGUUUAUAUAUUGGUGAUAAUCAAUCAAACUCAAUAUUAGAUCCAAACGAACCUAUGCAAUUUAAAGAGUUGGUUGUUAACGGUACAAAUGAUUCAUUUUUAAAUAUACAUAAUAUCCACCAAUAUGUCGAUAUAUUAAGAGUUAUAUAA